AUGGCGCCAAGGAAGAAGCGCGGGCCGAGCGCCGGGCGCCGGCCGGGCACCGCCGGAGAGGGCGCAGAGCCGCUGUCGGAGCGUGCGCUGUACUUGCAGCGCGAGUACGCGCUGCUCACCGAGCAGCUGGACGCCUGCGAGGAACGUAUGGACCACGUGCUGCAGGAGAACGCCUUCCUGGACCGCGAGGCCCUGCGCCUGCGGGAGGAGAACCGGCUCUACGCCAGUUACGUGAGCGCGCGCGCGCAGCGCUGCGCCAACGCUAUCGUGCGGUUGGAUGAGCAGAACCGUAUGGAUCUGGCGCAGAUCCACUGGCAGCGGAGCGAGCUGGCCACGCUCUACCAGGGGCGCGAGGAGGGCGUGCGCUCUCAGCUGCUGGAGAUGGAGGCGCGCGCGGCGCAGAUGGCGCGCCGAGUGCAGGAUCUGCAGCCCUACAAGGAGCUGCAGCUGGAGCAGCUGGCGCGGAUUCGAGCCCUGGAACGCGAGCUCCUGCACAUGCGUGUGGAACACACGCAGCUGCUGCACCGCGUGAAGCGGCGCUUCCUGGAGGACAAGGCGGCCUUCGAGCGCGAGGCGCGCCAGCGCGUGCAGUCCCUCGCGCGGCGCGCAGAGCGGGAGGCGGCGCGCGCGCUCAUCGUGCACACGCAGUCCAUCAAGGCGGACAACGGGCGCUUGCGGCAGGAGUUGCUGCGGCUACUCCGCCGGGCCCAGCUCCUGCAUAACACGCGGCGCCAGCUGAUCGAGCAGCGCGAGCAGCUGCUGCGCGAGCACGAGGACACGCGGGACCUGGCGCGCGUGCAUGGCUGGCUGCGCCGGGGCCCCGGGGGUCCGCCGCUGUGGGAGCCACCACCCACCUCCGCCCGACCCAGCUCGCGGCCCGCGUCCCUUGCAGCCUCCAUAGGCACGUCCCACGCGGGCUCUCGGGCCCAGUCGAUGGUCCCUUCGCGGGUGGGCUCCCCGGUCCAGUCCUUGCCCCUGUCGCGCGCAGGCUCGCGGGCCCCGUCCCUGGUCCCCUUGCACGUGGGCUCGCGGACUCUGUCCCUGGAGCUGUCGCAGAAGAGCUCCCGGAGUUCUUCACGGCCCUCGUUGGGCGCGGUCUCCCACGAUGCCAGCUCCUCUGACGAGUCCCGCCUCAAGUUUUCCUCGAGUUUGUCCCGGGCUUUGACUCCGCGCUCCGCCCUGUCAAAGGAGACCAUGAACACCGAUGCCGCCUCAGAAGCCGCUUCAGGGAGAACCUAA